CUUAAGAGUUUCGGCAGCACUCAGGAUGAGUUAUACUUGUAAUCUGUCACUACUUUUGACUCACUGGGUCACUACUGCUCAAUAAAAUAGAUAACAUUCCUUAACUAGCAAUGUAGCCCAUCCACAAAUGUGUAUGUUUCUACUGACAGAAUAAAACAACUGUUUCCUCCACUCUUCCCGUAGAGAAUAAAAUAGGAAAGCUAGUUAGAAAAUGUAUUUGCAUAUGCUCUUGGGCACUUAGCAUUGCGGUUCCACUAUGAUUAUAGGGAAAUGUGGCAGGGGGUGUUACGUUCCUUGGAAGGGUGGAAAUGCUAAGGGCAGCCCUUAUCAUAAACAGAAUAAAUAAGCAUUGACCAAAGUACAGUAUAGGUUUAUUCAAGCCUUUGGCAGCGUACUCCUGUGGGAGCAUGCAGUAGGGGUUUAAGGUAUUCAAAGUGGCUAAUACAGCAAAAGAAAUGUGGGUAUUAAAGUCUGGCAGUGGCAGGGCAAUUUCUUAAGCAGGUGAUAAGCAAAUAGUAAAUUAUAAAGGUGUAGUAUAUGAGCUUUUAGUUUGUGCACUCAUAACUUGUUCUCUUGAUUAUGUUGUUUGCUUUGUAAGGUGAAGUAUGGUUGGGCUGGCAAGGUGUGUUGGGUGCUCAGUGGGUGUGCCAGCCGAGCCCGUGAAGAUUAGGCUUUCCUUCAUGGUGGAAGGAUUUCUGCUUCAUAAGAAAUCCUAUGGCGAAAACCAGGAAAAGGGGAAACAUUCCAGUAGCACCAAUAGCAAAAGGUAGCUGCCUUGGGGUCCUCUUCCAGUAACGGAGUUCAGCUGCUGCGCUUGUGCCUGGGCUGCUGUGCCGAGAGCCCGGCUGUCUCCGGCUCAACAGGGAGUAGGCGGCAAAGCUGUGUCCUAUCCAACUCUCAUAAAAGGGUUUGAUUUAAAAACUGGUUGAUUUGAAGUUUUGUGAAAGAGGGUACUAAAAAAUGUAUGCCCAAAAUCAGGUGUCUGAAUAAAAAGUCAAGCAUAUCUUGGGUCAGAGAAAAGGGCCAGCUUCUGAAAUCCUCAUUCCUAGCACUAAAGUGUUUGGAGCUUUAGUGUAUCUGCUUGUCCAUGGAAACAAAUUGUUCCUCACCUCGUUGUUCCCCUUCCUCACCAUGUUAUGGCAACCGUUGUUUGCUUGCUUCGAAAACGUAAAAGUACUGCUGUUGCCUAAGUGGUGCUUAAAUUUCAUACCUUAUUAUAUGCGUGAUGCUUGCUGCGUUAAUGGUCUACUUCUCAAACACUUUUCAGCCGUAUUGAAGAAUCUAUACUGUAAUUCCACAAUUGGGAUUAAAAAAGAGCAAUAAAUCAGAAAAUGUUUGUUUUACAGUACUUUGGAUGUGUUUGGGUUGCAUUCCUGAAAGAGCACUGCGAGCGUGUUAGAGCUCGGGGGAGUUGGUUGCUCUUCCAGUUGCUGCCAUCGGGCAAGCUCCUCCAUUCUUCCCAUGCAGGAUAAAGCGCGUAAGGCAGCUGGAAAAUGCUGGAAGGUAGCUGGAAGUGUUGGUGUGAUGUCUUGGUACAAUGCCACCUAGAUACACAGGCAGAUGUGUCAGGGGAUGUUAUGUCUUGCAGGAGUCCUCUUUCCCCACUCAUUAAAUAGAGAAAGUGAUUAUAAUUUCUUUUGUAAGGUGGUUUGAAAUCUAUUAAUUAAAGAGUGCUUUUAAUAGCAUCUGAGUAUGUCAUCAAUCAGUCAAAUUAUUUUUGAGUGCUUAAGAUGUAGGCCUUAUUUGGAAGAUGAGAAUGAUCAAGUAUGCCUAAAUUCAUGCAGUACCAUAUUGUGUAUCCUAUGUACUUUAUAUAACACACAGCGUAACCCUGUUUUUCUUAGCUAAUAGUCUCUUGCUUUAUAUAACACAUAGUGUAACCCUGUUUUUCUUAGCUAAGUAGUCUCUUAUCACUGAAAAUACUCAUGCGAGGAAUAAUCCAUUAGUAAUCUUAUCUAAGAAAUCUAUUUUAUGCAUCAGCCCCCGGUCUCUGCCAGCCAAGGGGAAUUUCCUGCUGCUCUGCAUGCUGCACGAUACGACGCUCGCAGCGAAAGAGGUAUCCUAGAUAUUUGGUGACUGAGAUCAUGUUUUGCACUUUGAACACUCAUAAAGUUGACAUGGACAAGCUCUUAGGAGCACAAAUUGGCCUUGAAGACUUCAUAUUCGCCCAUGUAAAAGGACAACGAAAAGAAGUGGAAGCUAUUAAAACUGAGGAUGUGCUUGGGCUUACCAUUACAGACAAUGGAACCAGUUGUGCAUUUAUAAAGCGAAUCAAAGAAGGUAGCCUUAUGGACCAAAUCAAAACAGUCUGCGUAGGUGAUCACAUAGAGUCUAUAAAUGGAAAAAAUGUGUCACAGUAUCGGCAUUAUGAAGUCGCCAAGAUGCUAAAAGAUCUGGAGAAAGGUCAGAUGUUUAAGCUGGAGUUGAUAGAGCCUAUGAAAGCAUUUGAAAUGCUGGAACCAAGGUCACACGGUGCAUCUCUGCCAGAGGCUAAAAUCUCCAGAGGGAGAGAAACUCUUCGACUGAGAACAAAAGGCCCUGCCACUGUGGAGGAAAUGCCAUCUGAAGCUGAAGAAAAAGCAAUAAAAAAGGUGGAUGAACUUCUUGAAACAUAUAUGGGGAUAAGAGAUAUUGAAUUAGCUGCAACAAUGGUGGAAGCUGGAAGAGAUAAGAAAAACCCAGACGAAUUUGCAAUGGCAUUGGAUGAAGCUCUUGGAGAUUUUGCUUUUCCAGAUGAGUUUGUCUUUGAUGUAUGGGGAGCAAUUGGUGAUGCUAAGCAAGGGAGACUUGAAUGAGAACUGUGCAGUUUGUCAAUCCCUGUUUGAAAAUAGAAAAUGAUUUUCAAAUACAUGUAUCAGAAUUUUUUUUUAUUGAAGGGAAUCCAUGAUGCUCUGUAUUAGUAUUCUUAUCAGAAACUUUUGUUUUGCAAAGGAAGGUUUCCAGCAGAAAUUUGGAGAUAAGCCUAAAGUCCUGACAACCGCACAUUCAAAACAAACAUUUAAUUUAUAUGCAGAAAUCAUUGUGAGGAGUGGGAAAAGGAGAUAUAUACAUAUAUAUAUAGUAUGAAUUUUGUGAACAUUAGGUAUCUCUAAUCGUACCCAUAGUUUGAUAUCAACAUUCUGAAACGUUAGACAUGCACCACAGAGUUUUGAUUUUUUAAUCUCUUCUGAAGAAAGGUUUAUAAACUUGAUGACAUACUGCCUAGCUAUACACUGCAAUUCCCUGGUCUUCUAUUGUCCUUAAGUUUGCAAGCACACAGAGCUGUGGAAAACCUGAAACCUCAGGUUUUCUUAUUCUUUGGCCUGGAAGUAGUCUUUUCAGUAGUGUGUGUUGGGAAGAAGCUACCUUGUUUCUGGAGAAGUUGAAUUCAGAGAGCAAAAAUUUCCUCUGAAAUGUGAGAGGUAAGACCUCUGAAUGAGAAAGACUUGCUUUCAUUCAAGUCCUAAUACACACUGUCUGCAUACUACUAAGAUGAACAGAUAGUAGAAAUGCUUGAAGCAGGUAGGAAGCUGUUGCUUUACUCUCAGAUGCCAUAUUAUUGCAAUAAUAAUUGCAUAGGAAGAAACAUGUUAAUUUUGAUUAUUAUUCCUAUAUUUGAAUCAUACCUGUGAUGGAACUGGAAGUCAUAGCAUAUGACUAAUUGAGGGCUUAACUGCUCUUUGCAUAUGCUAAAUGCUUUGUUGAGAACAUAUGAAGAUGCUCCUUUCUUUUUUGUGCUUUUCUUCACAUGGCAAUGUCGAGGAGAGAUUUAAAAAGGUGUUCGAAACUGGAGGGUUUUUUUCCCAUGCAAUCUGCGAUUGUUUGCAUUUUAUAUAUUGUUGUAAAAUCUCAGACAGUCACAGAUAGGCUGAAAAUGCAUGCCUAAAACAUUAAAAUAUAUUUAACUCAUUUUAGAUGUUUGAUUUUCAAAUCAUCUUGUACAUAAAAGUAUUUCCUUUUAUGAUAAUGUCUUACUAAUAGAUCACAGAUUAUUAAAAAUAAACCAUCUAUUUCAAUACAUCCAGCAGGCCUGUGUUUAUACUCUUGUUCGCUUUGUGUUUAAUCAAGAGUGAUGGAAUAAGUUUUGUUUUUGCUUAUAACUGGAUUCAUUUUCAGUUUUUGCUGUGCUUGGUUUUAAUCAAGGCAGAUGUCUGCUGGUAUGUUUAGAAAUAGCUACUUCCAAUUGAUUAUUAUACUGAUUCGGAAGUUAAAAAAAAAAAGUUUUCUCAACUUACAUUUUACCCAAAUAACACGUAACAAGUGUCCCUGAAAACAAAAUUGAGCAAGAAUAUGGGGAAGAUAUCAUGUAGUAUUUUUAUAUUUGCACAAAUGUAUACAUUAAUAGAUAUUAGGUGUAUUUUCUAAAUCACUAUGUAGUUACUUUUCUUCUGAGGAAAAUGCCUUUCACUAUCUUGUGGAGAUUUCUUUUUAAAUUAAAAUAAAGACUAUGCCAAGAGUUCUAUACGUUCUAUGUUAAUGAUUUUUUUUUGCUAAAACCGUAACACUUAGAUGUGUCAUUGGCAAUCAGCGCUUAAGAGGUUCUUAAGAAAGAAAACUUUGUUCAGAAAACUUUGGUUGUUUAUUCCGUCUUUGGGUGAACUGCAGCUUCUCUUAAACAGCUUGUGGUACCAUUCUGUGCUUGUGCUAAUCUUACCAAACGGGCUGUCACCAAAAAAGGUGGACCAGAUUUUGCUCCUG